CUUGACUCCUGCGCAACGGCGUGAAAUGACUGCUCUUCGAACGAUGCUUUCCCCAGCGAUUCUUUUGUUCUGCUUGGCAUGCUCCACACAAGCCGACCAUGCUUCCUUCGUGGCUCCUCGCCCUGCUCCCACAUCCCUUUCAUUCGGCCGUCCUUCGUCAUUGGUGCGCCUCAGGCAGAGGGCAGGCACGGUGGAGGGAGCGCAAGACGUCAACGCUGAUCAGCCUCGGAAGCAGAUGACGACAGAGGUGCCGACUCACGAGUCGCCUCCCGGAUGGCUCCAUGUUGUCAAGCUGAAGCGCCAGAACACCCUCCCGACACCCAUGUUGAUAGCGAUGCUAUUGGACAAGGACCGAAUGCGCGACGAGUUGGAGCUAGACUAUCUUAUCGCUGUCGGGUGAGUCGGUGAGUGCCAUGCGCGUCGCGAAUGAUUGCUUCUGUGUGUCUGUGUGUGUAUGAUUGCCAGGGAUCUCGUGUGCUGGAAGGUCUUCGACUCGUACGUCCGUGCCGCCCUGUUCAACACGGGCGGGGCCGACGCCAGGACCCUGAAGAAACUGCAGACCGAGGACGUUAUUCAUCUUCUGGAGCAACACAUCAGUUCAGUAGCUGGAUGCCUCACCCCGCUAGACCAAAAGGCCACCUUGCUUCUGGAGCUCUACGAGCGGGGCACAUGCGGCAAGUCCUUCACCGAAUUCUACAUCGGGUUGUGGAACGAUCUGACGAAAGGUACGUAUGUAGCGCGCAUUGCAUUCAUGUGUGUCGGUCGGUGUAAGUUUGUCUGUUCUGGAUGCAAUGAAUGCACUGCAGAGUGGGAGGAGACGGAUCGGUCACGAAGGUACGAUGGCUCCGUCCGCGCCCUGUACGUGCCCCCAAUGAUACAGCCAUACCAGACGGCGAUGUUGGCUAUCGCCGCUGACGUGAACCUGCCAGUGGUCCUCGACAAUCUGUCUGAGGACCUGCUGCCACGAUGUUAGUGAGGAACAGACGGACAUAGGAUGGGGGAGGGAGGGGGGACCAUACAUCCUCGUCCAUGUUUCAAGUACGAGGUCCUCGUAGGUAGGUAGUUGGGUGCGCCACGUCGCCGUGUGUAGAUGAACGACGAAAGGCAGACGCCGUGCGUUGCAGUCUAUCGAGUUUUUGUUUGUGCGUUGCAGACUACACUGAAUUUUUCCUGUUGUCGGUUGGUCAGUCGGUCCAUAGCAUUUCAUUCGCAG